GGUCAUCGAUUCAGCGUUACCACAUUUCGCAUCUCAUAGUCGCACUCCUAGAGACUCCCGGUUGAUUUCCAUAGCAGACCUUUCCACACCGUCCCCCUUCAAUACCCAUCAAAACACCCUCAACUUCCACCCGAAAAAAUGUCUCCUCCUGCUGAUGGAAAGCUCCCCCGAGAGUCGGGUACUGCUCGAGUUGCUGGUUCGGCAGUCGCUGGUAUCACCGAGUUGGCCAUCUUCCACCCUGUCGACACCAUCGCUAAGCGACUGAUGUCGAACAAGGCUGCUUUCAAGAUGAGCGAGAUGAACGAGGUCAUCUUCCGAAAAGCCGCCGACAAGUCGGUCGGUGUGCGAUUCAUGUCUUUGUUCCCUGGUCUCGGUUACGCUGCCGGUUACAAGAUCGCCCAGCGAGUGUACAAGUUUGGAGGCCAGCCGUACUUUAGGGACGUCAUCGAUCGAUCAUCAGCGAAGCCCUACUUUACCGACGCAUUCGGCGCCAAGUGGGGAAAGAUGGUCAUUCACGCGACCGCUGGUAGUCUGACUGGUAUGGGAGAGGUCGUCCUGCUCCCCCUAGACGUGCUCAAGAUCAAGAUGCAGACCAACCCCGAGGCUUUCCGAGGUCGAGGUAUCGUCAAGCUGAUCAGCGAUGAGGGUAUCGCCAGUCUGUACAAGGGUUGGGGAUGGACCAUGGGUCGUAACGCACCGGGAAGUUUCGCUCUCUUCGGAGGUUCCGCUUUCGCCAAGGAGUACAUCUUCAAGCUUUCCGAUUACUCGCAAGCUACCUGGGGUCAAAACUUCGUUGCUUCUAUUGCCGGUUCCGUCGCCUCGAUCACUGUCGCCGCACCACUAGAUGUCAUCAAGACCCGUAUCCAAAACGCCAACUUCGAGAGCAAGGUGUCUGGCGCUACCGUAUUCAAGGACCUCAUCAAGAACGAGGGCCCUAGCGCCUUGUUCAAGGGAUUGACCCCCAAAAUUGCCAUGACCGCCCCGAAGCUUACGAUGUCCUUCGCUCUUGCUCAAACCCUUAUCCCUAUGUUCGGGAAAUACUUCUAGACGGUUCCCCAGCAGCUAUAGUUACACUUCGAUUCGUCUUCUCUACCCCAUGUUGUCAUAUAAACAGCCAGCACAUCGCUCCCCCCCAAGCUCCUCUUGUCCUGUCUUUGUCGUGUUGACAACUACCCAAAAGUAUAGAUGUGUUACUCACUUGAAGAUAGUGUGGCUCUCCAGGUGCCAGGUGUCGAUCAUGCGCGUCGCCUCGGCCUUGGUUUGUAACGAGCCGAGCCAACUUUUUCCCGAUUAUUCAGCUCAACAGAUCAGUGUGUCAACCUUGAA